AUGCCUUGGGACCUCAUUCAGCUGAACAACGGGACGAGCAUCCCGAGCAUUGCAUUCGGGACGUGGACGCUGGGUGGCGGACAGCAGGCCACGAACCAUGUCGACCAAGCCAUCUCCGUCGGAUUCAGUCAUAUCGAUACGGCGCAGGCCUACCGCAAUGAAGCCGAAGCGGGUGUUGCCAUUCACGAAAGCGGGCUCUCGCGCGAAGAGAUAUACAUCACCACGAAGUACUCUGGCGUGGACGGGCUGGAUAUCGACACGUCCAUCCAGAACAGCUUGAAAAACCUGGGUGUCGAAUAUGUGGAUUUGUAUUUAAUCCACAACCCGCGUCUGGCCGUGCCAGACAUACCCACAGCCUGGGCCAGGAUGGAGAAGGUGCAGACCGACGGCUACGCUAAGAGCAUCGGAGUCAGCAACUUCAACGUGCCGCAGCUGGAGACCCUCCUCGCUUCCGCGAAGAUCAAGCCGGUGGCCAAUCAGGCAGGACUUGCUCCGCGAUCUUGUCCAAAACGCGGCUUCGCUGACCAGAUUAUCCAGAUCCUAUUCCAUCCGUAUGUGCUCGAGUCGCAAGCACCCAUCGUCGAGUAUGGGAACGAAAACGGCAUCGUGAGCGAGGCGUACAGCGUGUUGGUUCCUCUCACGCGGCAGCCCGGAGGGCCUGUCGACGCUCCUGUGAGGGAGAUCGCUUCCCGCUUGAAGGUCCAACCUGAACAGGUUCUCCUGGCAUGGGCAAAGGCGAAGGGCGUCGUCGUCGUCACGUCGAGCACGAAGAAGGAGCGUCUCGAGGGCUACUUGGCUGCCGGUGACCUAGAGCUCACCGAUGAUGACAUCGCUGCGAUCGACGCGGCAGGUGUUAUUGGUACCCGUCGGAUUACCGCGCGCACGUUCCUGCGGCGUGCUGCGGCUGUUGCGCUGGUCGGUGCUGCUGUCCUCGGUGCUUGCAGCUACUUGGGCAUCAACGUCAUCUAAGAACAUUUGUAUUCCUUGAACACUACUUUUCGACGUCCUUGUUUUACCAGAUUGUUGUUUUAUUGUUGUACUUUGCUCUGAGUCUUACAAACUGGGUGACGAUGACUUGCUAGCUCGAUGUAUAUCAUGAUCUCUCUAUGUACCAGUACAACAGUGGACUUUGAAUGCUAUUUGUGCCGUGUUGA